AUGAAGAUCGACCGGCACCUCCACGAGCUGCUGGCGAAGCGCCUGGAACACGCCGAGUCGUUGCCUGAGCAGCAGCGCCAGCAAUUGGGUCAGCUGCUGCUGUUGGUGCAAGGUGCCACAGCCGUGCUCACCGGCGAGGAACCGGAGGCCAGCACCUUCGCGGUGGAAGGGCCAGUGCCGCGUUUGCUGCUGCUGCCUUUGCCCUCCUCGUGGCCGCAGCACUCGGCGCUGCUUGUGCACCUGGAGGACGCUGUCAGGCCGCCGGCACUGGACCUCGAAGGAGGCUACCUGUCGGCCACCCCGAGCACCGCGCCUUCCAGCAGCAGCAGCUCCCCCAAGGCAAAGGAGGAGAGGAGGUGCGAGGAUGGAGGUGGGUUUGGCCUGGAGGGUCUGCGGGCGCAACUGCUGCCCAGGCCGCUGAGCGUGGAGCAGUUGGAGGUGGCCCUCGAGGACUUCUGCGGAGUAGUGUGGGACCGCUCUAGCGGCUUCGGCAAGACACGCCGAGUCAGCUGGGAGGUGGCCCCGCUGCCGCCGAACGCCGCGAGGGUCAUGCAGGAGCUCCAGCAAGUGGACCGCACCGCGGCCACGCUGGCGGCGGGGGUGGGGGGCUCCGCGGGCAUCAACAGCCCGUUGGGCAAGGAGCUGGCGGCGACUCGCCGAUUUAUGGCGGGCGCCGGGGUCAGGAGGGAGGCUGGCAGGGAGGCUGCAAGGAAAGUACCAGCACAAGUGCUAGAGACAGUGGCAAAGAAAGUGCAGAAGAAGGCGCGGAAGAAAGCGGAGAAGGUGCAGGAGAAGGUGCCAAAGAAGGUUCGCAAGUCACCCAAGGUGAAGUCCAAACCGCCGAGCUCUGCGGCGUCCAUUCAGCGGGAGCUCAGCCGCUGGGACAUCAUGGACCAGCUGGUGGGAACCUAUGAUCAGCAGAUCUCCCCGGUGCUUGGGGGUGCCAACACUGGCCGCAACGAGCAGAAGCGCAAGCGGCACUUGGAGACUUGGCUCUGGGCAAGGCGCUUCCACCCCUUGCUGCCGCUGGGCGCUCCCGAGGAAGAUGCCGAGGAGGCUGCGGAUGCGGCCUUGGCCGCAAAGCUGCAGAACGCCGGGCUCAGUAGAAAGGAGGCCCGCCGGCGCAUCCAGAGCUUAACGGAGGUGCUCCGUACCAAGGUGCGGAAGAAGAAGGUGGAGGUGCACAUCACCCUGGAGCAAAGCUCCGUGGUGACCUUGACCUGCGCUGAGCGCGAAGUGCAACUACUGCCGCAGUACCUCUCGAAGCUCCGAAACCUUGAUGAGAUGGAGGCGGACACGGACAGCUUUAAGGAAGCGGCCUUCCUGGUGCUGGCACGGUACCGGAUUUUGCAGGUGCACGAGAAGGGUGGCGGCAAUCAGGGCGCCAUCCCCCAGAGUGUGUUCUCCGCCCUGGAGCAGUGGUCCUCAGAUCCGGUGAUUGAAGCCUUCGCAUCGCCUUUGAACACGCUGGCGGGCCGCGGGCGGUACUUCAGCGCCUUCGAGGUGGACCGGGCCUUCGGGUCGUUGGGGUCCUUCUUUGAGGCGGAGCUCACGGAGGGCGUGGUGGAGGUGAACCCCCCCUUCGAUGAGCAGAUGGUCCUGCGCUGCGCCGACUUUUGCUUGGAGGCCCUUGCCGCGGCGCAGCAAAGGAAGACGCACUUAGCCUUCCUGGUGGUCAUCCCGGAGACGGAGUGGCCAGGCCACCAGGCCUUUCGCGAGUCCAAGUUCCUGCGCUGGCGCCUGUCCUUGCCAGCUGGGAGCCACUUCUACCAGGUUGGCAAUCAGCAUCUGAACACCUACAGGUCGUACCCAGCGUCUCGGAACAGCAGCGUGAUGCUGCUGACCUCGCGUCCUAUGCCACAAACCAAAGCUUUGCGCCAGCAAGUGGACGAGGCAUUUCGGACGCGCACGUGA